CUGCAAAUUAGCAAGUAGUGCAUCGCAAAUAUCACAUCACCGAAUUCUCCCGAGCUCCGGCGACGUGGUCGCGCAUUCCUCUUCUCGCCGGCAGACUCGCCGCCGUCCUCCGCCGCCCCUCUCGCGGCGCAGCGAUUCGUCUCCCUCCUCCGCAACCGCGCCCGAGCUCCCCCCUCCUCCCCGCAUCCGGUGGAUGGCCUCUUCCGCGCCGUCCGCGGCGGCGGGGGCGACCCCGCCGGACCCCCUCCGCCGCGACCGCAUCCUCUCCAGCAAGCUCUACCUCGACGUCCCGGGCUCCAAGGCUCCGGUGGUGUACUCGCCGGCGUACGACAUCGCCUUCCUCGGGAUCGAGAAGCUGCACCCGUUCGAUUCCUCCAAAUGGGGCCGCAUAUGCAAGUUCCUCACCAAGGAAGGGCACCUGGAGAAGAACCGAGUGGUGGAGCCAUUGGAAGCGACCAAGGACGAUUUGCUGGUGGUGCACUCGGAGUCGUACUUGAACAGCCUCAAGAGCAGCCUGAAGGUUGCGUCCAUUGUAGAGCUUCCUCCUGUGGCAUUCAUUCCUAAUUGGCUUGUGCAGCAAAAGCUACUGUACCCUUUCAGGAAACAGGUGGGUGGGUCGAUUCUAUCGGCCAAGCUUGCACUUGAGAGAGGAUGGGCCAUUAAUGUUGGCGGAGGGUUUCACCAUUGUUCGGCAGAGCAAGGGGGCGGGUUUUGUGCAUAUGCUGAUAUUUCUCUCUGCAUUCAGUUUGCUUUUGUCCGUCUAAAUAUUUCAAGAGUGAUGAUCAUAGAUCUGGAUGCCCACCAAGGAAAUGGCCAUGAAAAGGAUUUCGCUAAUGAUGGAAGAGUUUACACUUUGGAUAUGUACAAUGCUGGAAUAUAUCCCUAUGAUCAUGUUGCUAAGCGGUAUAUUGAUCAAAAAGUCGAGCUAGUUAGUGGGACAAAGACAGAAGACUACUUGGAUCAACUUGACAAGGCUCUUAAGGUUGCAGAAAGUAGAUUUCAGCCUCAGUUGAUUGUUUACAAUGCUGGGACAGAUAUCCUGGAUGGCGAUCCAUUGGGAAGAUUGAAGAUAAGCCCUCAGGGCGUGGUGAUCAGAGAUGAGAAGGUGUUCAGGUUUGCAAAGGAUCAAAGCAUCCCACUACUCAUGUUAACAUCAGGAGGAUACAUGAAGUCGAGCGCCCGAGUGAUCGCCGACUCGAUAAUCAAUCUCUCGAAUAAAAACUUGAUAGAGCUUGGUAGCCAGCUUGGCUGAACGAGUGCUUAGCCUGAAUCGACAGAUCGCAGAUCUACUGGAUGUAUAUAUCCUGUCUAUAAGAGGCUUACACUAAUGUGAUAAUGGUAUUAAUAUAAGCCACAAAAAUCGUUAUCAACUCACAGAGUCGCAGUUCACCUUGUACAUAACCCCUGACUUGAUGUCCCAUUCUCAGCUAUACAGCCUAUACUGUUGGCUUAAAUGGUUUUCCAGCUGGAUGCUGGCUGAAAUUCCAACUUGACUGGACAUUGCUUGGGA